AUGGAUGAGUUUAAAAAGAUUGAAGAACAAAGAAAAAGAAUAGUAAAGCAGAUGACUAAGGAAAAUAUUACAAGAAGAGAAGAAAAAUUUAAAGAAUUAGAACGAAAAAAAUUUAUAAUAAACAAUACUGCAUUACAGUCACAAGUCACAGAAAAUAAUGAUAUAAAUACUAAUAUUAUCAAUCCAUGUCAGCAUCUAAUAAAAAACGAACAAGCUAAAUAUUCAGUUUUAUCGUACGAACCUACUGUUGCAGAAGAUUCUAGUUUUGAUAAAAAUGUUUUUGAAUUUAAUGUCAAUUUUGAAGAUUACUAUAUAAAAAACUAUCUGUUUUUGUCGCAUUAUUUUGUUAUUGAAAAACAGAUUCAAAAUGAAAAAGAUUUGACACCUAGAUCUGAACUUCUUAAAAUAAAAAUAGAAGUCAACAAAAGGUUAAAUCAACUUAAUAAUGAUUAUGAUAAAAUUUAUACACUUUAUAGAUUUCUUAACAAAUAUUCGCAUUCUAAAGUAUUUUUAGAAACUUUCGUUCUAAAAAUUUUAGAACAAUCUAUAAUACAAGUGUCUAGAUAUUAUGAAUCAUAUAGACAGUACAGUUUGUGUUUUAAAUUUUUGUAUAAUGAUGAUUUAUUUACUUUUUAUAAAAUUAAACUGUUUAGCAAAAAAGCGAGCGAGGAGGGAUUAAAGGGAUUAUAUGCUGUAUUUUUUGGCGUUAUAAAGGAAUGUGACUUGUCUGAAGAGGCGUGGGCAUUUUCUGCUGGUUUUUUAAAUGUUCAAAAUUCAGAAUUUGUUAUUUUAGAAAUUUACUUAGAUAUUCUAGGAGAAUAUGUUAUAGAUAAAUUUAACAGAAGGGCGUAUAAACUAUUUCGCUACAUUAAAAAUUAUACACUACCAACGAUCAAAAAUCUAGCGCACAAAUACAAAAUAGAAAAACUUAUAGACAGAUUGUUAAAUUUAUCUUAA